ACCUUCUCACCCAGCCCUGUCUUUCCCAGCCUGGCCCAUCCCGUGUGUGGUGCUCGUGUUUCCCCGCCUGGUCGCGGAGAGUCGCUGCGGCUGCCUACCGAGGGGGCGCUCGGUUUUCAGGUCGUCAUGGCUGGUUACGAAUAUGUGAGCCCGGAGCAGCUGGCUGGCUUUGAUAAAUACAAGUACAGUGCUGUGGAUACCAACCCACUCUCUUUGUAUGUCAUGCAUCCAUUUUGGAAUACUAUUGUAAAGGUAUUCCCUACUUGGCUGGCUCCGAAUCUAAUAACGUUUUCUGGCUUUCUGCUGGUUGUAUUCAAUUUUCUAUUUAUGACAUACUUUGAUCCUGACUUUUAUGCUUCAGCACCAGGUCACAAGCAUGUACCUGACUGGGUUUGGGUAGUCGUUGGCAUCCUCAACUUUGUAGCCUAUACUCUAGAUGGAGUGGAUGGAAAGCAAGCCCGCAGAACCAAUUCCAGCACCCCCUUAGGGGAGCUUUUUGACCAUGGCCUGGAUAGUUGGUCAUGCGUCUACUUUGUUGUGACUGUGUAUUCCAUCUUUGGACGAGGAACCACUGGUGUCAGUGUCUUUGUUCUUUAUCUCCUGUUGUGGGUAGUCUUGUUCUCUUUCAUCCUGUCCCACUGGGAAAAAUACAACACGGGGAUUCUUUUCCUGCCAUGGGGCUAUGACAUUAGCCAGGUGACUAUUUCUUUUGUCUACAUAGUGACUGCGGUUGUGGGAGUUGAGGCCUGGUAUGAACCUUUCCUGUUUAAUUUCUUAUAUAGAGACCUAUUCGCUACAAUGAUUAUUGGUUGUGCAAUAUGUAUGACUCUUCCAAUGAGUUUAUUAAACUUUUUCAGAAGCUAUAAAAAUAACACCUUGAAACACAAUUCAAUCUAUGAAGCUAUGGUUCCCUUCUUUUCUCCAUGUUUGCUCUUCAUUUUGUCUACAGUGUGGAUCCUCCGGUCACCUUCAGAUAUUUUAGAGAUUCAUCCUAGAAUUUUCUACUUUAUGGUUGGAACAGCAUUUGCUAACAGCACAUGUCAGCUGAUAGUUUGUCAAAUGAGCAGCACCAGGUGCCCAACUUUGAAUUGGUUGCUGGUUCCUCUCUUCUUGGUUGUCAUGGCAGUGAACUUGGGAGUGGCCUCUUACCUUGAGAGUAUUCUCCUUUAUACAUUAACAGCUGUCUUCACUCUGGCUCACAUCCAUUAUGGAGUAAGAGUGGUGAAGCAGCUGAGCAGCCAUUUUCAGAUUUACCCCUUUUCUUUGAGGAAACCAAACUCCGAUUGACUAGGAAUAGAAGAAAAGAAUAUUGGCCUCUAAUCUUCAGAAAGAAGUACUGUAAAUAGAUGCUUGUAAAUAUCUCAUCUAUCACCAUUGAACCAAACUGAUCUGCUUGACAGACAUGGGAUUUCAGUGUGUAUGGUACAUGGACAGCAGGAACAGAAUGUGAUCUGAGCUUGUGGAACUUUGGACCUUUGAACUCCCAGCUUACUUUAUUUUUUAUAAAACCAUGUGAUGUUUGGGUUAAGUGUAAUAAUGUACCUUAGACCAGCAAGGUGUUCCUAAUGAUUUUAACUUCAUGAAUCCAUAGUGUCUUUGUUUUUUAAAAGAACCAAAUUGAUUUAGGAACACUGACUACAUUCAGAAAAUCCCGUGUUUUCAUAGUUGGUAUUUUAUAACAGGUCUUUAGCUAUGGAAACUAUCAGUAGUCCAAACUAACUGAGAAAGAGAAAAAAAAAAAAGUCACCUUCAGCCAGAGAUGCCAAUGGUUGCAGAACAAUAUAUAUUUGCCAAAUUCUGGUUUCUGUUUUUUCUGUGGAAAUACCUUUGUCUUCACAUGUUAAAAGAGUCUCUAAUAUUCUGGCUAUUACUGAACAGAUCUUGAUAAGUGGUCUGUUUUUCUUGUAAUGAGAAAUACUCUGUUGAUACAUGGUACAGAAUGAGUUUUGAUUGUAUCUCAUGGAUUGGCACAGUUAAUUGCUUAAGUAUAGCAAUCCCCCCACUGAGGGUUGCUGGGAUUGGAUAUCACUGAGCUGUUAUUGAGAAUGUAUGUCUGUCCCAGCCUAACAGAUAACUGCUUGUGAGGAAUGUAAAUGAAGUACCUUCAAAGAGGAAAUGGAAAUUGGAGCUAGGAUUCUCAUGAACUUCACUAGGACUGAAAUUAGUUGUCUUGACUCAGUUUGUCUGUUCCUCUUAGUGUAUUCUCCUCUUUGGGAAUGAGGUGCUGGUUUGUUUGUUUUCUUUUCUCCCAUACAGGAUAAAGCAGAGAGAAAAAUCUCUCUUCCUUGUCUAUUUCCCUCCUAGAAGAAAACUUUUGAUAUUUAUGCCUUACUGGGUACUUAUUCCCUUAAAUGACUCAGAGUAAUUUUUUAGGUUUACUAGCAACAGAAAUCCCUUUAACUUUAUUGAGGUUGUUUAUAAAUCACUUCUUGUCAUGAAUGUAGAUAUUUUCUUCUUUUUCUUUUUGACUUUGUCUUCAUUUAGUUUGGUGGUGGUGAGAUUUUUCUUGCUGAUUUUCUUUUAUUUUUCCACUUAAUGAAGUUUGUGCUUGAAUGAAGAGUGUAUCUAAAAUCCUUUUAAUUUUUUUGGACAGGUUGCACUUGGAUAAAAUAGGCACCGCUGUGUUAAUAUGUAAUUAAAUUUCAUAACCUUUAUUUAUCUAUGAAUAUGACCAUUGUUAAAUAUUGUAGUUUUUGUUGAAUUUCAGUUUUCUGCUUGUAAAAAAAACUGUAAUUGAUACUUUAAUUUUGAGAUGGUUAAGUUCUGAUCGUUGUCAUCUAGAUUAGUAGAAAUGAGUCAGGGACCUAGCUUGAUUCUGAAUUCAGUUUAAGAAAUUGUGAAAGUUCAGGUGUAUGGGAUGACUUCUCUAAGACACAACUGAACCCUGAAAAUAGAUGAGAAGUAGAUGCAGGACAAUGGUGGGUAGUGAUUCCAUAUUUGCUAAUAAAUUGCCCUCAUGGAGGUCAGUGAGCAGUUAAGUGAUGGGAGCUAAUGUAUUCCCUGGUUCUGUGUCUUCUGUAAAAAGUGAACUGCAGAUAGUUAAUUUGAGUAAGGAAAAGAACUUUGGUUUAUAGUUUCUCAGCUAAUCAUUUACUGUUUUGUUGACCCUGAAUACAAGAAUGAGGUAAUUUGCGUAAAAUAACUGAUAUUUAUAAGAUGACAAUUUGGACCAAUGGCUUUCUCGUAUACAAGGUAGUUUUGUUGUUUUUUGUUUGUUUGUUUGUUUUAAAUAUUCUAAUUCUGGCAUUAGGGUCCUGUUUUAUAAUCUGAAGUCUCUCUUUCUCUCUUUUUC